GAGUGGAUCCUAAAAGACCGGAACGGAGCGAUUGGGACUUGAGUCGACUGGAAUGGAGUAAGCAAGACUGGAUCAGUGUGCCUUCGGAAGGGAGCCGAUGUUUUAGCGCUGCACUGAAGUUGCUCAUGAACAGUGCUGUUAAAGCAGCUUUUUGCUUUAGUUUAUUGGUAAUAAUGUCAAACGUGAAGACGACUGCAGCACGAUUCAAAUCGGUAGAUUAUGAGAUAAGUGGCCGAGUGCAGGGGGUCUGUUUCAGAAUGUACACAGAGGAUCAAGCAAGAAAACUUGGUGUUGUGGGAUGGGUUCGAAACACCAGAAGAGGAACUGUAGAUGGACAAGUGCAAGGCAAGGAAGAACUGGUGGACUCAAUGAAGCACUGGCUGAGCAAAGUGGGAAGUCCAAGUUCACGGAUUCAUCAGGCACAGUUUUCAAACGAGAAAGAGAUCAGCAAACUGGAUUUUAGCAAUUUCACCACCAGAUACUGAGAGUGUGAUCUUAUAUAAGUCCUCAGCUCAGAGCCAUUUGGAAUCCUAUUAGCUGUCUUCAUGUUCAGCUGAGUGCCUCUAAUUGCAAUUAUGCUGCUUGUUGGAAAAGCUCUCCCUUCAUUGUUAAAUUUGCAAUAAUCUACUAUUAAAGGAUGACAUGUUACAGCUUGUACUAAUAUACACAAGGAUCCUCCUCUGUAGAACUGCAGAAGAGGUUUUCUUUUAAAAGGUGCUAUUAAGAGUACACAUUCAUCAUAUUAAAAAUAAAUAUUUUUUCAGACAGCU